UUUGAAUCCACUCUGACUGCUUCUCAAUGAAUUUGUCGAUUUUUCCGAUUGACUGAUUAAUUGAUCGUCGCUCUUAUUUUGAAGGCUGCAUCAACUUGUUUCCGGAAAAUGUUAGCUAGCUUCAGCUAACGACAGGCUAAUGCAAAAAACGGCUCGACUGGCAGCGUUGACAAGCGUUACUAGACGUCAACAGAAACAUAUAUUUGUAAUCUAUGAAAACGUUUUUACUCAACGCUUCAAACAGUGGGAAGACACCUAAAUUGACUGUUUCUCCUGUUGCUCCCCUGAGAGGUAAACUCUGGGCGUCAGGUGGAGAUGGAUGCUGACUCCUCCGUAUAGCCUCUAAAUUUGUUGGACCUGUUGCCAGGUGACCGGUGGACCUCACCACUCAACAUGAAGCCUGUCAGCUACCAAAGCAUGCCAUCAUCUGUGAGCGGUGGACAUCCACACUUUGCCCUGGAUCGUGUGUUAAGCACGUCCAACGUGAUGUGUUGUGAGAAAUGUGGAUUUGCUUCCACAGACUCUGUAGCGUUCAAGAAGCACAUGAUUGAGCAUAUUGGGACACGGUUUAUCUGCUUUUAUUGCAACGAUGUCUCAUUCAGUGAGGCUGAGUUGAGCGCUCACCUGAAGCAACACACUGCAAAGUAUCAAUAUAAUUGUCCUCACUGUGGACAGGUCUACAUGAGGAGGAACUGCCUUGUCAAGCACAUUGAGCGUCUGCACAGUCAAAACAUUACUCAAGGAGCCGCUAAGCCUGGCAUGACAAAAUCUUCACAUGUCCCUGUCUCCAGUGCCUUACCAAGUGUGCUGACUGCUGAUCCAUCGACGCUCCUACCACUUGUUCGAGUGACUGUACCAACUCCCAGCACACCUGCAUACAGACAUGGAAAAGAUGAACACAAAGGCAAAACACUGGACACAAAUUUAUUAAUUGCCACUAACGGCAAUGCAGAACCGUUGCCACCUCUGAAUGGACUCAUUCAGCACAACAGAGCUUUAACUGUAUCACUUCCAGAGGAAGUAACAAUCCCUGCUGGCUGCUUGGUUGAACUUGUUGAGGUGAAAACUGUUAAUGGGACAAAGGAGCUAAAACUGAGGCUUGUCUCUCAACAAGAAAACGAGUCUGUGAUAAAAGACGGAAGGACAGCCGUAUCUCAAAACACUGCACUGGGAAAACCGUUAUCAUCUGCAUUAAAUCAUUCAAAAACAGUAAAGUCUACGAGUAUGGGGAUGUGCACAGUAAACAGGAAACAGUUUGAAACAAAGGCUGUGAAUGUGGAGCGUCCCACUGUUGUCCCAGUCAGUAUUUCCAAAAACCUUUCAAAUCAAGUAAGCAAAGAAAAAUGUGGAUUGAAAAGAACAUCUCAAGAAGUUAUCAACCUGGAAUGUCACACAGUCAUCCCAAACAAAGUUUCCAAAAGCAUCCUCAAUCCUGUGAGAGAAAGAAAUAGUGGGAUCAUCAUCACGCAGAGAGAACCUGUAAACCACAAUGCUGCACAUCCCACUGUCAUCUGCAGCAGGGUCGCCAACAAUCUGACAAGCAACCUGCAUCCAGAAAACAUGGGAGCACAUGUGUCUCAGAGAGCAGUGGACGAGAGGAAAAGACUUAUUCAAGAGCAUUCCAAGAUUAUUCCACCCAGGAAGCCAUGUGACAUAAAAAGCACUACUCGAGACGUGUCUGUGGCGGUGAAACUGGAACCUGGGCACGCACACCUUAAAAGCAACACUCCAAAAAUAAAGAAUGAGGCAGUGGGUGUGAAGCACCAAAGUUUGAAAUCAAUUUCUCCUUCUUUGAGUGUCCCCUUAGCUGCAACUGCUCAAGUGAGACCUUCAGCGAUCUCUGUGUGUCCCGCAUCUGGCACCGCACGGAGGACUCUAAGUGAGCCCCUGUCAGUCAAAACACCUGUGGUUUGUAAUCGCACAAAUUCAAAAAUGUCAUCUUGGACUCAGGAAGUCAGAUCCAACGAGAGGGCAGUUGAAGGAGACAUCCCAGAACCAGAGGGGUUUCCUGUCAUCUCCUCUGUGUUUUCGUUGAGUCAACAACCAGAAUACGUCCAAGGCUCCAUGCAGCCGCUGGUGAUGGCUCUGCGUCGCAUAGUGAUGAAUAAAAGUAACAACAGUACCUCUCGGCAUCAAAUCAAGAUAACAAACGUCAGCACAGAGCAAGUGACGGAGACACCGACGUCGGGCACGCAGGUGGCCAAAAAAAAUGGAUCCUUGACCCAUGACCGCUUACUGACACAGCAGAUCGGUCAGACGGUGAAAGUAGAAAACCACGACAAAGGUAUUCAACACCCUGCCACACUGACCCACAACAAUCCUCAAGUCAAAGAAGAAGAAAAAAACACUGCGUCAACAAACAAAGAUACACUCAGUCACAUUCCUGACUUAAAAUCUUCAACAGACGAGGGAACAGUUUCUAAAAUUGCCACACAUGUAGAUGCGUCUAUGACUGCGGACCCUCUACAGCAAAUACCUGUUAUGGCAAAAAAGGAUCAUGACAUGUCUUCAAAAUUCCUGACUGUCUCUUUGAAAAGGGUUCAAGUAGGCGUGUGGAAGAAAAGCAGGAAAGGACUGAAACUUAGAAUAUCAAAAUAUAAGACUCAGAUACCCAUGAGCCGUCUGACUGACUGUACAGUUAUUCACCCGAUGCCGCUGAAGGUGGACCAACUGGUGAAACGACCAGGCCCAAACCAGCCCGUGGUGGUGCUCAAUCACCCAAAGCCCCGGGCCCCCGUACAGGGAGCAAGUACAGACACAGUUGCUGACUCAGGAGCCUCCGAGGCAGUUCCAAAGUGCCAAAUCUUAAAAAUGAGGCUGGGCAAAGUGGUGGGUCAGAAAUAUGAGGUGAUGGGGUGCACUGUAGGGGUUUUUCCAUAAAUUUCAGUGGACAAAAAUGUACAUUUGUGAUGAAGUAACAAGUAUUAUGGUGGAAAGACGCUGACUUAAAAAAAGAAAGGAGAAAAAAAGACAAAUUACUAGGGCGAUUAUUUUAUUUAUGGGAGCAGAAGAUGCAUAUGGACAUCAGAACGUCAUCAAACGUUGUUAUAUGUUGUCUAAAUAUGCAUGGGAUAUGGCAUAUUCAAGUGCAAUGUAGUUUGACUGCUUUGAGUCAUAGAACACAACUGCUGUAGUAGGUUGCAGUCAUUAAUACAUAGAUGUUAAGUGCUGUUUAAGAAGUUCUGGAAACAGUAGGUCUGUCAAAGUGGAAGGCAUUAAUGCUGUUUAUUUAAAAAAAAAAAAAAAAAAAGUAAAAAUUGCUAUAUUUAUUUUUUGUUUGAGAUGAUCAAAAUCCACACACAAUCAAAAAAAAAAAAAUACAAUUAAGCUCCUAUUCAAGUAUUAAUCCCUAUUUUACUUUCAUUAAUUCUCAGAUCAAUAGAACAGUCCAACAUGAGAGCAAAAAGUCCCUUUUCAGUCAUCAUAUAUGAGCGUGGACCACUUAAAGCCUGUAAAACGUUUAGGUCUUCUGACAGUGUUCCUCUACCUUAUUUGAUGCGACGAUGACUAGUUGUAGAUAGACUUUAGCUUUACCCCAAUUCAGGGGUUGCAUGCAAAAAGUCCACAUUUUAAGACCAAUGACCUUUUGUACAUUUUUCAUCUCAGUGAAUCCUCUAAAUGCAGCCUGUGGUUUUCGUUUUUCCGGUUUUAAAAGGUCACAAUUGGUGCAGCUACCAGUAUACCGUUAUGGAGUGGUGCAUUCAGGCAAACUCUGCAAACAGUUUAAGUUUAAUUAUUUGCAGAGGUAUGUCUGUCACUGGUAAAUACAUUACAUAAACUAGACCAGUGAGAAAGCCACAGCGAGGUGUAAAUAACUGAAGCUUGGUAUAAAUAGUUGUAAAGAGUGUCUUAGAUGGCAGUAUGGAUAUGUUGUAUAUCACAGAGUGUUACAGAAAUGGAAGCUGUGUUUUAAGCUGUCCAUCAUGUGUUGUGUGAAGUCACAGUUUUGGGUAUUAUGAUACAUGCCACAGUUUCCCACCAGUAUUUACCACUUUGCUGGCUGUUCUUAGUGAAAGUUUAUGACUUUACCAGUUGAUGAGGAGUGCCUGAAUGCACCAGGCUUAAAAGCAAAAAUUCAGACUAUUUCAAUUACCAUAAGUGGUACAGGGCAAACAUCUUAUAGAGUCAUUGUGCAUUUCACUGUCAAGUCCCACAUUCAUCUUUUAUUAUUGAAUAUUUAUAUUAUUUUGACUAUUUCCAACUCAUAACUUAUGUAUGUUUUCAUGGAAUGCCAAUGUGUAAUUAGUCACAGAUACUUUGUCAUGAACUUAAAUGAGUUACAAUCCUAGAAACAAGUGUUAAUGCAGACAAUAUUUUUCAGAUUGUUUUGCUGCUUGUGCCAUACAGUUUGCUUUCUCUUGAGGUCCUAAACUCCAUCUGCUAUCAGUCCCUAAGCAGAAGACGCAGGAGCUUCUGAAAUAACGAUUCAUUGCAUGAUGGAAUGAAUAAAAACAAGCCAGACCAGUUUUUUAUUGUAAGAGAAAGACAGACUUAUGUAUUUUACAAGAUGUGCCAGCUGUGUACUGUAGAUGCUCAGUGACUGUGGUGACUCUGGGGCUUUUGAAACAUGUUGGAUCUUGUAGUAUAGUUUUCAGAAUGCAUCACAAAGGACAUUAGCAAUCUUCUCUCCUGAUACUUUACAGAUCUACUUGUCUUCUUAUGACAGCAUUAUGACACCUGUGUGUCUUUGUUUAUAAUGUAAUCAUGAUAUAUGAGGUGCUAGACCUAUUAUUAAAUGUAUAGGUUUUGGUUACCUACAGUUUUUAUUGUGUAAAUAAGUUUUGGUCACCCACUGAUUUUAUUGUAUAUUUACCUAUAAAUAUAAAGCGUGAUGGUGGUGUUCAUACUCCGUAUGCCCGACAUUCCACGGCUUCUUUUGCCACAGCAGUUAUGUUGUGCUUUACUUUCCUAACACUGCAGUGUCUGAAGCUGCUGCGCUGUACUCCGUCUUUAUUAUAUAUAAUUAUUUUAAAGGUGUUUGACAGUCCUCUCUGGAUGUUUUUAGUUUGCCUUUUAUUCACUGUUCAUUUGUGUGAAAAUUAUUCAUGUUCCAGUUGAAACAGUUUUACUACAUUCUGUGUUCAUUUUCAUUGUGUCCCAUGCUUUUAUAAUAACAAUUGUGUAACAUUUUUUUUCUAUUAAAAGAAAGUAAACA